UGCGCUCGUGACAAGAGAGUAAGCACCGUUUCUCGUUCGGUGUUACACUCACAGAAAAAUUUCUUGUGGGUAAAUAAGAUGAGUUUGACGGUUUCCUAAUUUUAUUCUGACAUACUUCUUAGCGAGAACUUUUGCUUUUGUUCUCUCGUUUAUCGUGUCCUAGCAAUGGUGUAUAUUAUGGGGAUGCCGUCGGACCCACAAUGUAUCAAAUCGGCAUCCCUUGAAGAACUUUUUGAUGCAAGCACAUGGAAAAUAAGAAACAUCUGGGACGGGGUUAAAUUAGAGAUAGCAGCUUCAGAAGCAAGUCCGGUUGUUCUGAACAGUUUUACACUUUUGGAUCCCGAUCUACCAGCACUUGAGAGCUCUACACAGGAGAUCGGAGAAGAGGUGGAGGAUGGUGCCAUAUACACCAUAACUUUAAGGAAGGUUCAGCUGCACCAGACGGCCAGUAAGGGCCAACGAUGGUUGGGCGUGGAGACGGACUCUGCCCUAAGCCUGUACGAGACGUGCAAGGUGCGCACUAUUAAGGCAGGCACGCUGGAGAAGCUGGUGGAGUACAUGGUGUCAUCCUUCAGGGGCAAAGACUCCACCUACGUAACCAUUUUUCUUUGUACCUACCGAGCUUUCGCUUCAACAGAGCAAGUUCUGGACCUGCUGCUCAACAGGUAUGCCAACUUCCAACAGCAAUCAAAAACAGAGGGGUUAAGUUUAACAUACGAGGACAGUCUGGAACUGAAGAACACUGUGUCCUCUAUCCUGGGUGCUUGGUUGGAUCAGUACUCUGAGGAUUUCUGGAACCCUCCUUCACAUGGCUGUCUACACAACCUCAUAUCAUACCUGCACCAGAACUUUCCAGGAUCGGACCUGGAGCGUCGCGCACAGAACCUUCUCGAGCACUUCAACCGAAGACAGCAGUGUGAUCCAGACCUCGAAGGUUACCAUUGUUCCUGCCCCUUUGCCACACCAGAAGAGAACAGUUUUGAGGAUGAACUUCCUGCCUUGGACUUUCUAUCCUUUGAUCCAGCUGUGGUGGCUGAACAGUUCACUCUUAUGGAUGCGGAGUUGUUUAAGAGGGUUGUUCCCUACCACUGUUUGGGUGGCAUCUGGUCUCAGCGUGAUAAGAAGGGUAAGGAGCACCUGGCUCCCACCAUACGUGCCACAGUCGCCCAGUUCAAUUGUGUUACCAACUGUGUCAUAGCCACUUGCCUAAGCAACACCUCCCUUAGGCCUUCACAGAGAGCCAGAGUGUUGGAACGCUGGAUCCAGGUGGCCAGGGAGUGCAGGAUCCUGAAGAAUUUCUCAUCUCUGAGGGCCAUUCUCUCCGCCCUACAGUGUAACUCCCUUCAUCGACUGAAGAGAACCUGGGAUGAGGUGUCCAGGGAGAAUUUAAGGACUUUCCUGGAGCUUUCUGAGAUUUUUUCAGAUGACAAUAAUUACUCUCUCAGCCGUGAACUGCUAGUUAAGGAGGGCACGUCCAAAUUUGCCACACUGGAGAUCAACCACAAACGAGCCCAGAGGAAGCAUCAACAACAGAGAGACUUGGGGGUCAUGCAGGGCACCAUCCCGUACCUGGGCACCUUUCUGACCGAUCUUGUUAUGAUGGAUACCGCCAUGAAGGAUCAUGUUGAGGGAGGAUUAAUCAAUUUUGAGAAGAGAAGAAAGGAGUUUGAGAUUAUUGCUCAAAUAAAGCUGCUGCAAUUAGCCUGCAACAACUACAGCUUCACACGAGACCCGCACUUCAGAGAGUGGUUCAGUGGAGUGGAGAAACUCACAGAGGCUGAGAGCUAUAAUUUGUCCUGUGAGAUCGAACCCUUGUCAGAGACAGCUAGCAGCACGCUCAAAGGCAAAAAGAAUGGAGGCAUCAUGAAACGCUUCAGCGAUCGUCAGUCAGAAAGCGUGGAGUCUGGUUACAGCAGUGCAGGAACCCCUCACUCUAAGUCCUUUGAUCAGCUGAGGUAUGGCCCCUCCAAAGAGAGCUCUGGAGAUGGGGCUGACUCCCUCAGUGUGACUUCUGCUGGCUCCAGUGGCUCAGACAUGGAAGAGGCUAAUAUCAGCCUGCUGUCCAACUCACCGGAUGUUCGUGACAGAAGGACGUCCACACCCACAGUAAAGCACUCUGCCUCUGCUUCUAACACACGAGAACUGGUGCCUGAUUCCCCUCCCACGCUUUGGGAGUCGACCUCGCUGUGUUCUCUGGACACUUCAGGGAUGGGAUCUGGCUCAGGGUCGAGCAGCACCUCAUCCUCCUCGGUCUCCUCCACCACGGGCGUGGCCUCCCGCUCCCACAAACGCUCUGUCUCGGGCGUGUCCUGUUACUCCACCCUGUCCCUUCCCGUCUACAACCAGCAGGUGGAUGACUGCUGCAUUAUCAGGGUCAGCCUGGACCUGGACGACGGAAACAUGUACAAAAGCAUCCUGGUAACCAGUCAAGACAAGACACCUGGGGUUAUCAGGAAGGCCAUGGCCAAGCACAACCUGGACAAAGAAAAGCCAGAAGACUAUGAGCUGCUUCAGAGAAUUUCAGACGAGAAAGAGCUGAGAAUCCCAGACAAUGCUAACGUAUUCUACGCCAUGAACUCAUCAGUGAACUAUGACUUUGUGCUGAAGAAACAAGGCGUCCCCAGACAAAUUCGCUCGAAGAGCUCCUCCAGCUCCACGUUACCUCGCAUCAAGCAGAAGGGUUUGAAAAUCGCUAAAGGCAUCUUCUGAAACCUCCCUGAGCCAAAAAGACUCGUUCCCUGGCCGGCUUGGUUUUUGAACACUGACGGCUUAAAGGACAGAGUGGACCUCAAGAGUCAAGGUUUUAUUCCCAGUAUUGCUCUGAUGUUUCGUUGCCUAUGGCACCGAUGCCUUACUUAAGAAGAGGAACAGUAAGGAAGGCUGUCCCGUUCUCAGAGAGGGCAGUGAUAACCCAAUAUUCAUAAACUGGUCAUAGCUCUCUUCAGUUCGUGACUAACUUUUGGGUGGUUGUAACAAACUGACCUUCAGCUCGUGCGUCGCUCAACGAGAACACGCUGAUAGAUUCGCGCUUGCAUGAGCUAACACUAUGACAAAAACAUCGCUUGCACUUUAAUACUUUGUGUUAAACACUAACUGUACUUUUGCACAAUGUCUGUGUCAUUUCAAUAUGUGAGACAUAAUGUUGUUACAGUCCCAUAAAAGAAAACUACUACAAAAGGAAAAACGAAAGAGGGGAUUGUUUGAAAUGCUCGUGGAGGAGGUUAAAUAGGACUCAAGAGGCCUUUUUCCUGUGAACUAAGAGGAUAACUUAAUAUCUGAACAUUGGAUGUUCUUCUUGUAUUCUCAGUAUUUCUUUGUACAGAAAACCGUGUUUUGUAAAUUGUACAGUGCAUUAACUUUGUAUGGCUGCGGGCCGUCGCUUAAAGUUUUACGUUGCUUUUGCUGUUUUUUGUUUGUUUGUUUGUUUGUUUGUUUUUUUUACCUUUUCCCCAAAGUGCUGGUAGUAAACUGCCCCAACAAGACGUCAGAAUGUUCAGUAGACUGUGAGAUUCUCCUAUGACUGCCUCAUGAUGCCUGAUAUUUCUGUGGGACAGGGGGAUUUGAGUGGUCUUAUUUUCAUGAGAACACAGCUCCUUCAUUGAGGAGGAGUUUGCCGAAAGCUCUGGAACUUUCUUUAGAUUUUGCCAUUAGAUGGAUGGCUUGAGGGACCCCAGACUUCUGUCUCAUAUGAGCAAGAGGAGAUGGUUGAUCUUGCCUGUCAGAAACAGCCCUUCCCAAGCCAGUUCUAAUCAACAUUUUAUGUAGAGACCCAAGCAAAUCUAAUAAGCUAAAUCCCUUGAUCUUCUCUCUUUCAUAACCAAUGGAGAACCCAGAUGGAGAGUGAAGAGCUGUCCUCUCUAUAUUGCAGGGCAGUGUGGUUUUCCCCUCAGGUCUGUUUUAUGCUGUUAUUGGCUAUGAUGACUGUGGUGGGGCAAUGUGAUUGGCUCUCAUGGUUUUGUACCAAGCACUGUGAAUGACUCUUUCUCCCUUGCCUAUUUCAAAUCCCUUCACUUUUUAGAUCACGAAUAGAAUUACAAUAUAUACCUCUUUACUGCGAAUACAAACAAAAACGACAACACCAGUCAUGCAGGGGUGCCAGCAAACCAAUGUAAGGAAAAAAGCGGAAAAGAAAGAGAAGUAUGUUUACAUCAAAGCAAAAUCCCAUAUUUGUUAUUGUCUUCUGGUUCUCUGUACCUCUUGCGGUCCUGGUUUAGUCCUUGUGGACUCACAUUGCAGAAUUUCUGUCAUCUAGUCCUUGUAUACCUUUGGUCAGAAAACAGAGAGGAAAAAACGAAAUGGAAAAACCCAAGCUCCUUCACUUACACGUUUGGACAGAGCCUGACAUGCAAGCAGUAUACGGUAUCAUAACAAAGUGUCUUUUGUUAAGAGUCAGCUCUACUGGAAUUAUUAGAUGUUCAUGGGUAUUUAUGGUUUACUUUAAGACACCAUUAAUUAAACAGUGUUGGAGAAGAGGAAUGUACAAUAUGAUUUACAACGUUAAAGGACCUAACCUCACCUUAUUUAGGUUCUGAUUUUUAACCACCUUUUGUCUAAUAUUCAGAUCUGUGGAAAUAUUUAUUACUUUGAAUGUUUACUUGAAGCCUUGAAAUUCUUUGAUGUGAAUGAAAUAUCACAGACUUUGAUCUCACUCAUGAGUUUGGCUAAAGAACAACAACAACAACAAAAAAAAACACUGCUCUGUCCAAAUGCCCUCAGAUACAUCACAGAACUGAUUACAUUACAUUGCAUUGCAACCAAGUCUGCUUAACUCAUUCUGAACUGAUAAUCCGCUCAUAGAAUUAUGUGUGGGUAUUUUGUGCCAUAUCCAAACUUUGUUUUUUCCUCCUUCUGUUGUUUUUACCACAUUUUUUUUAAAUGGAAUUAACAUUGUUGACAUAUCCUUCCACACAGUUAAUGGUGUUGUUCCCUGUCUUAAUUUAUUCAUAUGUACAUAUUGUUAUUUCAUUGUAAAUAUGUAUUUUACUCAUAUGAACAUAAAUUAAUCUAUUCAUUUGUAUGUACAUACAACAUAUUGUUUGUUAUAAUAUACAGAGGGUUGAAUUUACCCACAUAA